AUGCGACGAAGUGGUUCCGACGAAUCAUUAUCUUCUAAAGAUCGAGCUGAUGAUCGGUUUUUCGUUCUUACGACUGGUAUACUACCAUUUCUAGCUCAAGCUGCAUACAUUUUCGACGUUUUCUAUUAUCACACAUCUGAUCAAGUCAAUACAGGUUACGAAGGUUUACUCUCAUCGAUAUUGAGUGUCUUUGUUUAUUUGCAAUACUGUGCACCGUUUCGAUCACGUUAUGUUCGAUUUUUCUAUCAUUUAUCUCUUUGGAUAUUGUCCGAAGUUGGAACAUUAGGUCAUAUUAUAUCAUAUUCCAGAAAGAACGAUAUAUUUCACGUUGUUCUGUAUGCUAUUUGGGGAGUAGUAGAUUCCAUUUACUUUGCCUGUUUAAUUUAUUGUCGAGUCUUUGGUAAAUCUCGUGGUCUUCAUAUUCAUAUCGCUAUGAAACAAGAACACCUCUUUCAUUUCAUUUCACGCUUGGAAGUUAUACUUGCGAUUUUCAUUCCUGUGUUUUUCGAUACUCGUCUAGUUACGUUGACAAGGGAUAAUAUCGCAUUCUAUAUAUUAUUCGAUUUUUUCGCUGAAUCAUAUCAUCGUUUCAAUGGUGUACGAAUGAAAGCAGUUUUAUACGUAUUUGUGAUUACAGUCACAGCAUCGGUUGCUACUGAAUGGAUUCACAUAACCAGACGCGAAAAACCUUAUGAAAUUGCUUCGUUAGUGUGCGAAAUUAUUGCAGCUUGCCUCUGUUAUGCGUUAAUUGUUAUGCAAUUCUUUCCGUCGAAUUUUAUCACGAAGAAAGCUCGAAGAAACCGUCGAUUACGAACAGUAUUGUCAACAAAUACUCAAUGCACAACCAGUGAUUAUUUGAGUGAUCGAGAGUCUACCAUCACCGGGAGCGAAAAUAUCGCGAGAUUUUAG